AAAUUUUACAACAUGACAGUUCACUUGAGUACAAGUCAACGAUCUGAUUAAUAUUGUUAGCAAUUUUUUAAAAACGUUAGUAGUCAAAUAUUUCGCUUAAAUUUUGUUCAAAUGAGCAGCUGUUGCUAUGACUUCCGAAAUUGACGUCUUGCAAACAAAUGAAUUCUUGCGAAGACGGAAAUUGAGACUUCAACAGGUUAGGGAACAAUCAAAAGAUAUUGCAAAGAGAAUUAGACAACGCGCAAAAGUAGAAAAGUCGCGGCACAUAACAGAUAUUGACUCUAAAAAGGAGCAAGAAUAUUUUGAAUGUCAAGAGAAAUUAGUGAAACGUUUAGAAUUACUGUACUCCAAGGGCUUGCAGAAUGUCGGAGCUAGUCACAAAAAAGCAAUAGAAGUUUGUCAACCAGAUUUAAUAGAGAAGACAGACCCUUCUAAGUUACGUGGAAAAGAAGCCACUGCAGAAGUCAGAAAAAGAAAACAAGAAAAACUAGAUGAACAAAAAAAGCUCUUGGAUAGGAAGUUAAAAGCAAGAGAGGCGGCAAAUGAAAUAAGUCGAGAGAAAUCUUCUAUUAUCGCGAAGAAUAUAACAAAACAGACAAAGAGAACUGACAAUCUACAAAGUAAAUCCGCAAGUUGUAUGAAUGAGAUAAAUGACAAAGUAUUUGAUGGAAAUGUAAAUUCUAAAAAAGGCAAUCUAGAUGUAUCAAAAGUGGAUAUGGCAACACAAUGGGAAUCCGAAGAGUUGCCAAAUGAAUGGGAACCCAAUAUACCAGCAUUAUCAUUACCAAAAGAUGAAACUGUUCCAGACACAAUUGUACAAACAGAUAAAUCGGACAAAAAUAAAAGACCCAAUUUAUUUGCAUUGAGUGAUGAGAUGCCGUCUAGUCUACGUGGAGGUCUAUCUAGUGUGCCCGAAGAAACAGUUCCUUUAAAGACUACUCUGAAUCUUGUAUCUGAUUAUUUGCAAAAUAGAAAUUUGCGAUUGAGGCAAUCUGAACCAUUAAAAAAACCAACUGAUGAUUUGCAAAGCAUUAAACAGACAAUCCUACGCACUAGAGCAUCGAGAGCAGAUGUUUCAGGUAACAAAGAGAAGUCUUAUAGAUCAACUGAUCCUGAGAUAGCAAUAACUAGAAAGAAAUCUAUAUCUGUCUAUAAUCACAAUACAAGGGAUAUAAUGGAUGUACCAUAUGGCAAAGAAGAAUUUGUUUCUCAUCACAUGAAAACUGACGAGGAUGCAUAUGCCCAAGCUCUUCAAGAAACGGCUAGUGCUAGUAAUAUGGAAAAAGAACAACAUAACAAAAGACAACAGGAUAUGAGAAAUAAAGUUGCCGCUACAAAACAGAAUGUUGACAAAGAAUACAGAGACACUUUAGCUUUUUUAAACUCGCUUCCAAAAGACAAUGGCUUAAAACCUAUAAAGAUGACAUAUAUGGAUGAUCAGAGGCAACAAUUACAAAAGGACAAAAAUCAAAGGAAAUUACAGUUAGAGUUCAAAAAAAUUGAAAAGGAAUGUCAAAAAAAUUGCAAGCAUAACAAGAGAAAGUCAACAGUAUUAGAAAGAAGUAGAAGUAAGUCAAAAUCGCCAGUGACCACUGAUGAGAAACAAAGAAGAGAUUUUGAAUAUUCCUGGAUGCCGGUACCUGAGAGUGAUGGCAAUUUUGCUAUUCAUACAAUCCCAACCACGACGAAGAAUAAAUCGGGCAAUACAGUUAAAUUUAGUGAACCUAACAGCUACCACGAGUACAGGUCGAGGCACAAACACACUCCACCAACAAAAGAUAACAGCAAUGAUAAACAUGGGAAGAAAAUCGUCGAAACUGUUAUCGUUCAGCAAAAUAGUAAUGGAUCAGAAGAUAGUGAAAACUCUGUAGCUUCUGAAACCAGCUCUGUCGAAAAUUUAAGUCUUGAGAGAGACAAAAAUGUAUCUCAUCUCGAUUCAAAACUAAGAGAUGCAGAUAGAAUCAUAAUCUACAAAAUUUUGGAUUCAAGAAAUAAAAGAAGCAAAAUUAAAAAAUCUGAAGGUUUAAUUAAUAAUAAAAAAAAUUCAAAUCCUACUAAAAACUGUUCGGAAAAACAGAAAUCGGUAAAUUUAGAACAAAAUAUUCAUAAUAUACAUAAAGAUGUUUCUUUUGAGCAAGUCAAAGAAGGUGUCUACAAAGGUGUCAAUAGUGAAGGGGAUAACAUUACUUCAAUGUACUUUUCAAAAGACGGUGAAGCCAAUGUAUGUGGAAAUCAAAAUAGCCAAAGUGACAAACUCGAUCGGUCUCAUUGUUGUGGAAAAACGAUUUCAAAGACAAAUGAUAGAGAAUUUCAAAACGAAUGUGGUGAUACCGUGUUGAGAACAACAAAGACAAAUGUCAAUUGCUAUUGCGGAAAGAAGAGCAAAGAGAACAGUUUGUUAAUACAGUCAUCUGCAGCUACGUCAUCAGUCUCUUUUAAGACUGCACCUAAUGAUAAAGCUAAUAAUGUUAAUCAUGACAGUGGAUUAAUUAAACUAAUAGAUGAUGGGGGAAAUGAAGCUGGUAAAUUCUACAUUGGUGCUUCUGGCUUUAUAAAAGAUGAUAACUAUGAAGUUAUUAUCCAAUUGAGAAAGAAAGAUGGCGAAAAGGUAAACAAUCAGGAAAAUAAAAAUGUUGCUGUCCCUGAUACUUUGUCUGAAGUAUUUAAUGCAUUAUCAACACUUGAGAAUAAACAAGUUACAGAAGAUGGGGGUAAUUUAGAUCAGUUAUCAAAUAACAACGAAGAAAAUACAGGAUCUGCAUUAUCUUCUAAUGUGACGAAAAAUACUGAAACAAAAAAUGUAGUUGAAGCUACGAUACAAAAUGUCGAGAAUCAGUCAUUAAGCAAAGAAGAAAGUGCAACAGCAGCUACAGAAACAGUAACUAAAUCACAAAUUAGUAACACGUGUGAAAAAGCAGUACACACUUCUUUCGAAGAUACUUAUGCUAUUCCAAUCUAUGUACCUAAAACUGAUCCUAUAUCAAGGCCAGCCACCUCUACAUAUACGCAAACUUCAUUUAACUCAUCCAUGCAACGACCAGUGUUUAUGCACAUGAGUUCCUCUACGUCUACCGCCUAUAUGAGUCCACCUGAAUUAGUAUUACCAAAAUUUUUAAAACAAGGUAACACAAUGACCCAUGAAGAUAUGUUUGAAUCUGAAAAUACUGUCAAUCAAUCCGAUCCACAGUAUGAAAUAAUAGGCGAAGAUUGUAACGUAUAUGAAGAAUGUAGGUGCAAACGUUGUGUUAGUGUUGAAGAAAAUACAGCUUGCGUUUUAAAUCUGAAGAAAAAAAAUACAAAUAAUACUCCACCUAAUACUGCACGAAGUAACGACGGUACUAGGUUAGCAAGUGCUUUGAAAAAAACAAAAAAAUUAAAUUGUAAAUGCCAUAAAUGUAAAUGCAACAGUCAAUUGAAGUUAUGUAAGUCUCAUAGAAAAAUAACAAAAAGUGAAAAUACUAACUCAACAAUGGAAAAUUUUAAUACAAAUAAAAAGGUAGAAUCGGCUAGGUCUCAAAAGCCAACUGUCAAUAUUAAAGAAAAGGAAGAUAAUAAAAUUAAUCCUGUAGUUAAAACAUAUGUCAAAAAACUAUUAGCUCUAAAUAGAGAGGGUUUAAAAGCAGUUGAAAUAAUGAAUCAAGAUUGCAGUGUCGCGUCAACACCAGGUAGUUCAAUUAUAAAUGCACCGAGCAACAAGGAUAAAAAACACGGCUCCACAGAAACUUUAGACAAUAAAAUAUCACUUGAACAGAUAAAAAAUGUUCUUAAGCAGCAGAUUCUUAAAGAAAAUCUCGAUCAGUGUCAAAAAAGUAUUAAAUCUACCAAUGUGAAAACUACUGAAAGUCAAACGGAAAAAAAUCCUAAGCAAUCAAGAAUUGUAAAGAAAAAAUUAGUACAUAAAGUAAAAACAUUAAAUAUAUCGCGGCAGCUACUAAACAAAAAGAAAACUGAGUUUCGGCGUCCCAUAUACGAUUCAAAAAUUAUUACGUCGACUUCUUCAUCUACACGGGAAGAAUUAAAAGUACUUUGUGUAGAUAAUAAGAAGUCUAAACCACGAUGUAGAAGUUCUCCUACACCCAGAUCAUUUAGGAACUCAGAUUAUAAAAAUAGUACCAGUUCUGAUAUAGGUGACCCCAAUGAUAAGAAAAAUUUUAAUCAGUUCAAAUCAGUUGCCAAGAAUUGGACUGCACAAAUAAAUAAAAAUAAUCAUAUAAACAACUAUGACUCAAUAAAUACAAAUUCUAAUCAACAACAAAACAAAACAAGUAGACAAUUAAACUUAAGAACACAGCAACUAAAACCAUCAUAUAUUUCAUCAGACUCCGAAAAUCCUAGUGUUGUAUUAAAACACCUAACAGAACCACAAUCCCCGAUAAAUUUAUCAACACAAACAAACAGAAGUAUUGAUGUUGAAACAAAUUUUAUGAAAGUUGCAGAGAAUAAACUGCAAAAUAUGGAAAAAAUUGCAGAUUUAACUGAAAAAUGUACUAAACGAUUGUCAAACCUAGCAAAAGUUUUAGAAGAAGUAAGAAGAAAUAAAUCAUUAGUUUAUAGUCAAAUAUCCACGUCCGAUUCAGCAUCAGAAUCUGAACAAAAAUCGGACAAAAAUGAACACGCAGAAACACCUAUUCCUUAUAAACAUGUUAUAAUUCAAAAUAAAGCAACAGAACCGUCUUUUUCGUCGCUAACAAUUCCAUUAAAUUUAGAUGAAAAAAAGUUAUAUACAAAAGAUUCUGCAGAAUACACACCCUUCUUAAAUGACAUUCCUAAACCAGUAAGUUUUAUUAUCACUUCAAAUGAAUAUAUUCCUUCAAAUGAUAAAAUAACUCACGUAAAAAAUACAACUACAGAAGGCGAGGGCGUAAAAAUUAGAGGUAGACCGCCCCCAGCAUUAUCACGUAUUAAUCUUAAAAAUGGGCAAGAAAUAUGCAUUACUCCUCACGAGCUAUCCACUGUCAUCGAAGUAGAUUCUCCUAUGAGUUUUAAACUUAAAAACCAAUCUUCUCGACCUGACACAAAAUUUGAGGAGCCUGACAAAUCAAAUCAAAUAUCUGAUGAGACUGACAAUCAAAAUAAAAUCAAUGUGACUAAUACUUCCGUGAAUAUAAAAGAAGCGCGGGUUGAUCCAGACUUGUUACAAAGCAAUUUAACUGCGUCUAAGAAUCAGGCUAAAGUUUCUACAGACUCCUCCGACGAUUCUAAAAUACAAACAAUGGAUAUAAAUCGUUUUAAUGAUAUUAUGUUAAAACCUUUUAUUAGUCUCCAAGAAUAUGCCAAGCAAUGUAAUAUUGGACUAGAAGAGGGGUCAAAUAUUGAAGAUGUUAUAAACUAUGAUCCUGUAAAUGAAGAGUUAAGUUCCCUUCAUUCUGAUGGUAGUUUACCUGACGUAAUAGCUGAAUUAUUGAAAAGAAAUAUUAUUAGUGAACCGUUUAAGUUCGACACUGGUUCCAACGGUAAUUCUACGACUUUGUCAUCUGAAUCAACAUUAUCUAUAUUGGCUUUGUCGAAAACGAGGAAGGAUAAGAAGAAAACCGGGAUGUUAAUAAAAAAUAAGGAAAAUAUAGCAGAUACAUCCGAAACAUUAAGUAUAUCAUCUAAUCCUGAUUUAGAGUAUGCAUUCCAGAAGCUGGGAAUGGGCUGGGCUUCCUCUACUUUAAAAAAGACAAAGGAGCGUUUAGCUUUGUCUUCUUCGUCUAAUACUUCUAGUUCAAGUAUGGCCCAAUUUAAAAUAAAAAGCUUUAGCCAAGUUAUGCCUACUUUAACAACUGACUCCACCUCGUCUUUGCUGGAUAUCUCAAAAGAUCAUGAAAGAAAAAAUAUUCAGUCGCCAGGGAAAAAUGUAAAAGAUAACUAUAAAAAUGCCAUACAGCAAACUUCGUUAACAAAUUCGAUGACCGUAAAAGAAUUUCUAACAAAUGAAUUAGCUAAAAAAAUUACUUUUAGCAACAAGUUCACUAGAAAAGAAGCAGAUGAAGAAUUUGUUUCAUUGUAUGAGACCAAUAUGCCUGAAGAUAUGAAGCGAACUAAUAUUGAAAUACAAGAAGAUGACGCUCAAUCGACUGUUGUUAGUAAUACAAGAGCACGUACUUCAACUCCAGUACAGAUAUUUAAAUCUACGACAUACAAUUCUACUUCGAGUACCAGUACUUCUAAUGGAUUAUUCAGUAAUGCUGAUGACUUGUCAUCUGUUAAGGUGACCUCGACCUCCAUGCGUAAUCAUUCCACAUCCGACAAGGAUGAUUUAACUAUUCCUAAUUACAGUUUAAAAACGAGGAAAGAAUUAUCAGAUUUUAGUAAAAGUGACUGAUUGUGAUAUUGCAGUUAUUUAUUUUUUUGUGCAACUAUGAAUUUUUAUAUAAAUCUUUUAAUGGCAUGUUACUUAAAAUUGUUGUGAUUUUUUUAAUGUAUUAAUAAUAAAAUAUAUGCUAUA